UGUCUUGGAAUUUCGUGUGCACAUGAUUUAAUAAUAGUAUAUAGUUGCAUGAGUAUAUGUCUGAUGCUAACGGUCUCUCUCUCUGCAAGAAAUAAUCAACCAUGGUGGAUGGGGGAGGAGUUGAGUCGGAGAUGGAUAUUAGAACACCAUUAAUGGUUAACGGAGCAGGCGUAUCAUCAUCAACUGCCGCAAAUGAAAGGAUCAUUGUGAGUAUUUUAAGAGAUCAUUUCUUUGGAAAUUUUCCAAACAAAAUUUUAUGUGGAGUGGUUGUUGAUCCUGAAGAUCCUCUCAACAUUGAUCUGACUUCCACUAAAGGACUCAUACAGGGAAUGCUUAAUCCAACUCUGCUGAAAGCAAAUAAGUUAACGACACCUCGCAAUUUUAGUAUGUACUGCGGGAUUUUAGUUUAUGAUGUACAUGUAAGGAGUUACACGGCACGGGUGUGCAAAAAAAACAAGACACCAAAUUAUUACAGCCGGGAAAAAGAAGUAAACAGAGGGUGACAGACAUGUUUAGAGGGUGGUCCCAUA